AUGGCCCACGAAAUUGGUACUCUACGCGCGCUGCCUAACGGCGAGAGUCUUUUCGUCGGCAGUUCAUCAGGCGUCUUCUUUAUCAACACGGUACGCCGUGCUUUUGCGCACGCCGCGGCAGCCACAAAUCGCCAACACACGGCUGGCGAUAAUGUCAACACACCACUCACCAGCUUACCUUCGCCCGAAGAUUGCAUUUUCGGUUCUGAUCAGCACGCGGAUGCCGCUCGACCACAGAGCGAUGGGGUUGGAGAGCUACCCGAUCAUGACAUCGCCAAAGAGCUUCUCAUGACUUACUUUCGCACCUGGCACCCCCUUGUACCAUUUCUGCACGGCCCGAGUUGUCUUGCAGAGCUGGAGCAGCUUUAUGCCGGGCGCGAAGGUUCAAGCGGGCAGCGUCGCAAGCCCCGUGCGCUUGCAUUUGCCGUCAUCUUUCAAUGCCUCUUCAAUAUUGCGAAGCUCGAGCGACCAGACCUACCGCCUCUAGGGAAUACCAGCUUCCGAUCAGAGGAACAGCUUCUUAUUCCAUUAAGCUCCUUGUCUCUAAACUGUGACUUAGAAUCUAUACAGGCUCUUCUGGUCGCGCAACUCUACUUCGUUGCGACCAUGCGUCUGCAAGCAGCUUCCAGUACUGGAGGGCUAGUCUUGCGGUCCAUCUUCAAAUCAGGUCUCCAUCGAUGUCCUGUUCGAUAUUCCACUUUCAGUGCCGAUGAGAGGGACAUGCGCAAACGCGUUUUCUGGAGCGCGUACACCCUAGACCGCUUCACGAGUCAGUCACUCGGCCAUCCGCUUGGAAUCCAGGACUCUGAUGUCGAUGUCUGCCAGGCCGGGAUGGCAGAGCUUCACGAACCUGUUCAUACCAUCGAUAAUAUACAAGCGGGAACCUCCCCAGAGGAGACUUUGCUACAUCUACCAACGAAUCAUCCGCAACGAAUGUCUGGAUCAACUCAGUUGGAUACCGCCGACACGAGGCAGACAGGAGCUGAUGAGAGCUUGACCAGUGAUCAAGAAAAUGAGCCGCCGGAUCCGGACUCGCCUCUCGGGAACAAUGACACUGGAUCUGCAUCUCAACGGCGCCACCAGAACCAGUCUGUCCAAGCUCAAUUCGUUCGCUAUUCGAGAUUGGUGGGCCGUGUCCUAGAAACAUUCCACAAAUCCAUACACUUCCGCUCUGCCAGUGCACGAGAUGUUCUCCUUCUCAAGGCUGACAUAGAUGCCUGGGGGAAUAUGUUGCCGCACCCGUCUUCAUCACGCCCGCAACCAGUUUCUCCGGGGGGCGCUUCCAUACAGCCAGACGGAUUGAAUCAGGAGGUUUUCUUCGAAGUGGCGCGGCAACACCUAGUUCUUCUAGUCAAUAGGCCCUCGUUGUCUCUGAAGCCCACAUCCGCCGAGUUCCGUCACGCCAUCCAGAUUUGCAUCGCAGCGUCGCGAUCCAUUAUUCGAGUCCUCGAAGCCCAUCUCAAUACAGGAGGAUCACUUUUCUGGCCAGGAUACCUCUCUGCAGUAUGGAUGGCAGGUCUCAUCAUGGUCUUCGCCUGUCAAUCCAGAUUGCAUGGCAUAUCUAAUGCUACGAGUGAUAUCGUUGCGUCGCUUCGGGUCCUCCAAGUUAUAACACCGAGAUGGAGUAUGGCUAAAAAUUGCCAUGACGUCUUGGCCUGGCUGCUGGAGAGCCUCCGAAAACCCGCCGCAUCGCAAGCACCCUCAAACGUAGUUGCAGAGCUACACGAAAGUGGAGAUAUUCCUCAAGACAAUACUCAAUUUUCCAGAGGCCAGAAGCGACGUCGAUGCGACCAGCCACCAUAUUCGACCGAAGGAUCUGAAUACCGCCGAGUACGCCUUUCAAGUCGGAAUUCCCCGUGGCCCCAGUGGGCUGCUCCCGAUGGCGACGAGCAUACACAACUAUUCCAAGCAGAUACUUCAAUCAUUGAUAACAUUGGAGUCAACUAUCAAUCUAUACGGCCCGUACCAAGCAUGGACCCUUACUACUUCCCAGGCACGCAAUAUUCUGAUAGCAACAACCGAUUUCCGGGGUCUUUCUUGUAUCAAGACCCAACGCAGUCAGGUCAACAACAGGUCCCGCGUAUCGCUCCACCGUUCCUAGAUGGUCAGACUGACGAGUGGAACGAGGCAUCGAGGGCUAUACCUACCUUUAACCCUCCACCGAACUACGAUGUUUUCGACGGUGCCAUGUGGGGCUCUUUACUGGGAAUAGUAGAACCAAAGAGUUGA